AUGUCUUCGAUGAAAAAAGAGAAAAAACAAAGAGAAAGAGAACGGGAACGAGAAAGGCAAGAACAAUUGAAUCAACAGAAUAAUCAGGAAGCUUCUUCUUCAAAUGAGGUAUGGAUUUUUGAGAAGUUGGAAACGAAUUUUAAAAAUUAAACCAUUUUUUAAAGCAUAAACUUGGUUUUUAGAACCAAAUUCUCAUUUUUUAAACUCAAAAAAAGUUCAAUUUUCAAAUGUUGAGUUUUUCUGGAAGUUUCCAAUAACUUUUUAGUAAAAAAUUUCCUCAACUUUCUCCCCGAUAAACUAGACUCUAGUUAUUGCGGAAAAUUUCGAAAUCAGAAAAUAAUAAUUUUGCCCUCUGAGUGCACUUUUUUCAAGAAAUUUUGGACUGUGAAAUUGAUAAAAUUUGAAUUUUAUUUUUGAAAUCUCCAACAAAAAACACAUGUGAAUUCGAAUUUUUGGACAAAAAUUAUUCUUUAAUUCGAUUUCAGAUCCAAAAAUUAUUUUCUUUUCGGAAAAAACCUGAUUUCGGCGCGAAAAUUUCAAUUUCUUAAUUGACAAAUUCUAAAAUUUGUGGUCUUAUAAAUUUUAAUGAAAAACAUUUGGAACUUGCUGAUUCUUUGAUAUUGAAAUGGAAAUCGGCCAAAACACAUUUUAUUCGUGAACUUCAUCGUGGCAAUUUAGAAAUUACCAUUUUUCAAAAACAAAAAUAAACAAUUUCAAAUUAAUUCAAACGUGACCUAAAAUUUCCCAACGUGGAAAACCCCAUAUUUUACCAAGAAAUACCAUUUCUUAAAAUAUUCAAUUUUUGUCUGUGAGUUUUUUUCUUUUCAAAAAUGAUUUUUCGAACUGUCUUUUCAAUUUAAACUUUUGUGGUCAAUUUAUAGUUUAAUGUCUCUAAAAAAUUCAAUUUCUUUUUUUUGUGUUGAAAAUGAGAGAGCUCUAAAAUAGAUGGAUAUUUUUCCAAUUAAAGCCAUUCAUUCAUUCUUUCUUUCUUUUUUUGCUCUCUCAAGAGAAUUCAAUCAAAUCGAAAAAUGAAUCUAUUCUAUUCAACCCACACUUUUCUUUCUAACAUAAGCCUAUAAAAGGUUUCAAAAAAUAAUCAAAGAGAACUUUAAACUCUUAUUUGAUUUGAGUUCUAAUUUUUCUUCCCAAAAAAUGGAUGAGGUUAGUUUUUCUUCAGGCAGAAUUGUCUGAAAAGAAAUCACGAAGGAACAAUACAUUUUUUGUUGUCUCUAGAAAAAUUAUGAAUCAUCCUUCCCCUUUCAUUUUCAUUUUCCAUUUUUUGUUGAAAAGAAGCAGCUGAAAAUUUUCAACGCCCGAAAAUGUCAAAAAUGGUUUUCUAUGAGACCAAAAUCACCACAUCUUCUAAAAUUCAUUAUCGAUCCAAGGUAUUCUUUCUACCUUAGAAAAUAAAAAAAAAUUCAACUUUUUCUAAAAAUUUCAAAUUUUGAUAAUUCUCGAACCUUAUCAAGUUUUUUUAUUGAAGUAAGAAGAUUGGAAAACAAUUUCAGAUAAGGUUUUUUUGUUUACCACUGAUAGGAAAAGCUGCAAAAAAUUGCAGGGAGUUUUUAAAAGAGCAUGGGGUCUUGUAGCAAAUUUUUUAAGUUUUGAGCAAAGUUUCGAAGAAACUUGGAGAUAUCCAUGGUAACUUGAGACGGGUUGAUCUUUGAGGCCGAGUUUUCGGAUUGUGAAAAUUAAACUUUUCGACUGAAAAAAAGGUUUUUUUUUUGAAAAUUCUGAAAACUUUGAGAUGAAAUUUUUUCAUAACUAGAUUUAUCAGUAUUCAGAAAAUUAAUUUUAUAAUAAAAAUUUGUUUUCGAAUUUUUAAUAAGAGUUCCGACUUUUUCUACUGUAAUUUAAAAAUUUUCAAAUUCAAGGAUAAUUGUAGAUGAAAUGUGGUACUUGGAAAAAAAAUGUUCAAUUUUUUUCUGAAAAAAAAACCAGACUUGUAAAUUGUUAUCAUCUCAAUUUCCUGCAAAUUCUGGAAAAGAUCACAGAUCUCUUUCUGAACACAUUUCUCAAAUAAUUUCCAAUUUCUCACGUAAAUACUUCAUGACGAAAUUUGUUGGCCACGUGACAAAUGUAUCUCUUUUUCUUCAUUAUGACGAAACAAAAACAGCUGCUUGAGAAAAUCUGGAGGGUCCGAAAAACAAAUAUAUAAACCCCGAGCACAUAUUUCUAUUUUCAGUUGAAUAAAAUAAAAUGUUGCAGGUUUGUCCACUUCCGCUUCCGCCACGUGGCGCUCCACCGCCUGCAGUUUAUCACAAUACAUUGUUAGGCACAUCAUCGAAUUCGGGAUCUUUUGAAAAAUCGGUGAGAUUAACUUAGCUUAACUUAUAUUUAUUUGUAUUCAAUAAUUGUUAUUUUCAGACUCCUGGGAGUGCUCGAAAACUUCAUGUUGUAAUAGUUAUUGAUCAGAAAGUUCAGAAGAAUCUAAAAGUUCGAGAACUUGCACUAAAAGAUGUGCAAAAAGUGGCAGAUACAUUGAAUGUAAACUUGACAAGGAUAGAUUUUGAUAAACUUGAUUUUGGUGAAACCGAAUCAGCUGAUCUAUUUUAUAAUGCUGAUGUUGCAUUGGUCGAUGUUACAGUAACCCAUCAACAACCGAGUUUAUGUUAUCAUAUUGGAGUUAGAGAAAGUAUGGGACAAAGUUAUAAUAUGAUAUUAACUUAUUUGGCGCAAGAUUCUGAAUAUCAUAUUAUGGAUGCGUUGAAGGUAAGACAAUUGGAAAAUAGCAGGGACAUAAUUUGAUUUUUAUCUGAAAUUCAUUCUAUUAAUAAUUAUUUCUUUUAGAAAGUUUACAAAAAACGUUAGCAUUUUGAAAUAUUUCUGGUUUUUGAUUAGAUUAGAAAACCACCUGAAAAUUGGUUAUUUUUAAUUUUAUUGAUAUAUAUUUUUAGGCGUUUUUAAUACCUUUGUCUCAAACUUUUUAAAUUUUAAUCAUAAAUUUCCUCUGUAAUAUUCAAAAUUCAUAGUUGUGUUAUACCCAGACCAAGUUUUGACUAAAAAUUUAACAUUUCAACUGAAAAUUUGAGAGUACCAUUUUCAUUUCCCACGUCAUAAUUGUUUUUCGUCAAAUUUUGAAAUAUGUUUUUUUUUUCAGAAAACACAUGCUCAUCUACCAAUGAUUGUAUAUAUAAAUAGUGGAGAUUCAAAUCAAUUACAAUCAUAUGAUAAACAAAGUAAAAGUGAAGAUGAAUCCACAUCAAAAACACCUUUUGCCAGAUCAAAUGGAUCGAAUGCUUUGAAAACAAUUGCAUUCAAAAAUCGAAUGAAACAAGUUUUGAAAAGUGUUCAAGUUGAAGCAAGUGCACAUUCUCGUGAAAAAUUCCUAUCUGAUUUGAGAAAAGCGCGCGAUGUUUUGGAUCCUGUUCAUAAAAAUGAUUUUUUGGAUAAAAUGCGAAUUCGAUUGGAUAAUCCAGAUGUUUUAUCAGUUGAUACAGUAUAUCAAAUGAUGUUAUCAUAUCGAGAUAAUCAAAAUUAUGGAGGAAUGAUUGGAUUGGUUGAUGAUUUGAAAAAGAUUCCAGAUUGUACAGUUAUUGAAGCACAAGUUAUUAGAUAUAAUUAUGCUUUUGCAUUAAAUCGAAGAAAUUUGGGAAAAGAUCGAGAUUUGGCAUUACAAACUGUUUUGAGAAUAAUUGAAGGAACAACUGAUAAAGAAGCACUUUCACCUGAUGUUGUUUGUCUUGCUGGAAGAAUAUAUAAAGAUAGAUUUAUUGCAAGUAAUUAUGAAGAUCGAGAUAGUUUGAAUAAUGCAAUUGAAUGGUAUCGAAAAGCAUUUGAAAUGUCACCAUUGGAAUAUAGUGGAAUUAAUUUGACAACACUUUUGAGAGCAAGUGGUGAACAUUUUGAAAAUAAUGCUGAAAUGCAACAAAUUGCUGUGGUUUUGAAUUCGUUGUUGGGAAGAAAAGGAGCAUUACAGAAUUUGACAGAAUAUUGGGAUGUUGCCACGUAUUUUGAGGUUUGUGGGGAAUUGGGGAAGUGUUUUUCUGAAAAUAUUUCAAUUUUUCUAGAACCUGUGGGUUUUUGAAAGGAAAAUUGGAACAAUUUACUGAGAAAAAUUGAAAAAUUAUAACUAAUUAUCCUAUUAUCUCAGUUUUUCAGGUAUCUGUUCUUGCUGAAAAUUACGUGAAAGCUUGCGAAGCUGCUCUCCGAAUGGUCAAAUUGAAACCGCCAGUUUGGUUUCUCAAAUCAACAAUGGAAAAUAUCAAAUUAAUCAAUCGAUGUGCAGCCACAAUUUCACCAAUCGAAAAAGAAAAACAACAAUUCCUUUUUUGGUCAGAAUUUUUCAUGGAAGCCACCGAAACAGAUAAUGAUAUCAAUUGCCCAAGAUAUCCAGUUUUGAUUUUAGAACUCACAAAAGAGUUUACGCCAUCAUAUUUAACAUUAAAUAGUCAAGAAGGAACAGUUAUUCUAAGUCAUGUUUUGGAAAAUAGUCAACAGAAAAAAUUGCAUCAAGCUGAAUUGAAAGGAAUUCAUCGAUGGCAUUUUGCCAGGAAUAAUAUUAAAGCGGUUACCGAAUCGAAAAGAGAUGAAAGACAAUUAUUUUUAUAUGUUCAUGAAAAUUCGGAUGAUUUUAAUUUAUUGUUUCCAACAAAGGCACAUUGUAAAAAGUGAGUUUGGCUGAAAUUCUAAAAGUUUUCAACUUUUCCUAAUCUCUUUUUUGCAGAGCAUAUGCUGAUAUGAAAGAUAUGGCAGAUGUUGGCGAUGGAAAUUAUCAAGGAAAAGUGCUAAACAAUUCGGAAAACGAAAAAAUCGAUUUUGAUUACGAGUAUGGAAAUAAUAAUGAACGGGUUGUUCUUGGAAAAGGAACAUAUGGAACUGUAUAUUCAGCAAGAGAUAAAGAAACUCAAAGACAAAUUGUUGUUAAAGAAAUUCAAGUGAAAUAUGAUGAAGAAGUACAACCUUUGAUGGAAGAAAUUAGUCUACAUUCCACAUUGAGUCAUCCAAAUAUUGUGCAAUAUUUGGGAUGUUGUUUAGUGAAUGAGGAAAUGGGCAAAGAUUUUCUAUUGAUUUUUAUGGAACAUGUGCCUGGAGGAUCACUGAGUUCAUUAUUACGAUCAAAAUGGGGACCAUUGAAUGAACCAGCGAUGGUUUUAUAUGGAAGACAAAUAUUGGAAGGAUUGAAAUAUUUGCAUGAACAGAAAAUUGUUCAUCGAGAUAUUAAAGGAGACAAUGUUCUAGUUAACACAUAUUCCGGAGUUUGUAAAAUAUCUGAUUUUGGAACGUGUAAACGAUUGGCUGGAUUGAAUCCAGUUACUGAAACAUUUACGGGAACUCUUCAAUAUAUGGCACCAGAAGUAAUUGAUCAUGGACAACGUGGAUAUGGAGCACCAGCUGAUAUUUGGUCAUUUGGUUGUACAAUGGUUGAAAUGGCAACUGGAAGACCACCAUUUGUUGAAAUGCAGAAUCCACAAGCUGCGAUGUUCCGAGUUGGAAUGUUCAAAACACAUCCACCAAUUCCUCCAGAAAUCACCGAUAAAUGUCGACAAUUUAUCAAGAGUUGUUUUUUGCCAGAAGCACAUGAAAGACCGAAUGCAAAAGAUCUGCUACAAGAUCCAUUUAUCCAACAAUAUCAUCAUUCGUGAGUUUUUAUUUUAUUUUUAUUUUUUUAAUGUUCAAAAAGGACAUUAUCGCGAAAAAUAAUUAGAAAAUUUCACAAAUUUUUGAAACGUAAAAAAAUUAGGAUUUUUCUAAAUAGAUUUUUCUAAAGAUUUGAACAAAAGAUCCACAAUUUUGAAAUUCUUCCGAAAGUUCGAAUCAGAUAUUUUCUCAUAAAACAUUUUAUUUGUAAUUUUUAGGUUCAGACUUCUGAAAAUUUUCAGAACUUCUGAGUUGUCCAAAAAAAAUUCGGUUUUAAUUAUUUUUUUUUUGGAAUUUUGAUACAUUUUUGUUUUAAAAAUUCUGGAAAACGCAGAAAUCUCUACAAAGGUUUUCCAGAAUCUCUCGAACACGAAGUGGUUCAAUCAACAAAAAACCAAGUGGAGCACCGAAACUCGACACAAUAUCGACUGAAGCAAAAGAGAAAAAAGAGAGAACAAAACAACAGCGAGAAAUGUUGAGAUCAACAAGUCAUAUUGGAGGAAUGGGAGUUGUUGAAAGAUCGCCACCAACACCAGAACCAACAUCGGCUACUUUGACAGCUAAUUUCGCGCAUAAUUGUCAACAAAAUGCGAGAAAUGCAGCAAAAGAAGAAAAGAAAUUGCACUUGAAAAUUGAUAAUUCAAGAAUUCGAACAUUUUCUGGAAGCAGCCCUGUUCCAGAUGGACAAUCUUCUGCUGGAACUAAUCUAUCACAUCCAGGUUUUCAUUUGAGUCAACCAUCAAGUCCAAUUGUUGAUGAUUCAAGUCAACCACAUCUUGUUGUAUCACCAAUAUCUUUAAGUAUAACAGGAUCGCCUUUAUCAUCAGCUGCUAUUUUGAAUCGAACAAUUUCUGAUGAAAGUUCGAAUAGUUCACGAUUUUUCAUGCUUCAAAAAGAUUCGGAAAGACGACGAACAUUGGCACAAUUUAUGGGAGAUUAUAAAGAUUUGAUAAUUGAUUCGUGGUCGACUCGAUUAAUCAAAGCAAGUGAUUCGAGUGAACUUGUUGUAACUGUUGAUAUUUUGGAAAUGCUUGUUGAUGGAAUGCGAGAUUUUUUAUCGAAAAAGGAUAAUGUUCAUAUGCAAAAAACAAUUGAUAAUAUUCGUGGAUUAUUGGAUUAUGACACAGCUAAAAUUGGACAAGUCAAUUUGGCUCUUUAUGAUUUUUCGGAUUCUAUUCAACCAGUUCUUCGAAGACUUGAUAUUAAACCACAUUGGAUGUUUGCAUUGUCUAAUCUUAUUACAUCUGCAGUUAAUUGUGCAAUCUCGAUUCUAAGUCCUGAUCUAUCAAUGCUCCUUCAUGCUGAAGAACAUACAACAAUGCCAUCUUCUUCAUCAAUAAAUGCAGUUCGUAAUUCUUCAUUAUCUGAAGGCGAAGUUCUUGUUGACAGUAGGCCGCCAAGUCGAGAAGAACGUCGAGAACUUCGAACAAUUCAAGAAGAAAAUGAGGGACUUAUUGAUAAAUUAAUGCAUGUCGAAAGAGAAUUGAAUACACAACUGAGGAAUGGGUUAGUGAGAGCACAACGAAUACGAGAUCUCACACUAUUUCGAGCCAAUACAUGUUUCAAUACUUAUCCACCAUUUCGAACUCCUCCAACAAUUGCUCCGCCAACACCGCCUUUCAGCGCUUCUUGUGGACAGCCUCCGAUAUUUCCGGCUGGUGGACCACAAAAGAUUAUAAUGCCACCGGGAACUUAUAAUAUGACACGAACUCAGGAAGAACUUGUUGGUUGGUUGAGAAGUUUGGAUGUUGAUGAAAGAUCGAUUGCAUUGAUUGUCACUGAACAAUAUUCGAAACAAGAUAUUUUGGAAUUUGUGACCAGAGAGGAAUUGUUGAAUAUUGGAGUAUCGUAAGUUUUUUGGGAUAUCUUUUUUUAGAGAAGCUUGGUAAAAUUCUGAAUAAUACAUAUUUUUCUAUAUAGGCUAAUUUGUCAAUUUUGUUGGAACAAAAAUUCUCUAAAUUAACCUAUAGGGAAUUUUCAGACUUUUCUGAAACAAUUAGGAAAUUACUUUUUAGGUCUUUAAUUUUUAAUUUUCUUUAAAAAAAUCAGAAUUUCAAACAUUUCAUCUCUCACAAUCAAACAAAAUUUGAGAUGUUCCAUUUUCCGAAUUUUUGGCUCAAAAAAACUUGCCCCAAUUUCUCUUUUCUCACUUCCACAAAAUAUUCCAAUAUUGUUUUCAGAGGUGGAUCUUCUUGUCGAAUAAUUCGAGCUGUCCAAGAAACUCGUCAACGUCGUGCUCCAGUGUUUCUUUCUCCAAUGCGUAGCCGCGAUGAUUCACUCGAUGAUUAUCAUUCGAGCAGCGCUGAUGAUGUGUAUACUGUAGCUGAAACAAACUAA